GCGCCAGUGUCAGUCAACUGUUAGUUGCUGAUGCUUCGCCAGCCUGUUGUCAUUGUUUAUUCUCGCGCAAGUGUAUUUAUUGUGUAUUUAGCGCAAAGUUACUUGUAUUAUUGCUAUUCUAUAGAUUAAACUCAAGAAAAAAAUCAUGUCACUGCCUCCAAAAAAAUUAUCUGGUGCUCAAAACUUAAAAAGAAAACGGAAAAAGCAAGAAGAAUCUGAGAAGGCAGCUAAAUUAUUAUCGAAAUUUUUGAGACCUGAGAAAUCAUCUGAAUCGUUAUCAUCAGAACUAGUUCAACUCCACCACGCAACGGAAGAAGACCUACUUAAUAAAAGUUCUUCAGGCGAAGCUCAUGAAGAUGAAAAACAACACAUUCAAGAAGAUUUACCUGGUAUUCCAGGAACCUCUUCUGGAUUUCAAAAUAUUUCGGAAGAAAUUAUAUCCGAUGUACAAUCAUCAUCAUCUCCUUUUAGAAAAAAAAAAUAUGAUGAUAUUUCAGAAUGGCCAUUCAUUGACUCUGCGACAAGAGAUGAAAUAAUUACUGAAGGCCCUGUAAGUAAUCAAAUGAGUAACGAAAACUACCCAAGGAAACUUGACGGUCGUCAUUUUUCAAAUAUGCAUUUUGAAAGAGUAAUGCCAAAUGGGGAAACUUUCAAAAGAAGAUGGCUCGUGUACUCUAAAUCUGCAGAUAAAGUACAUUGUUUUUGCUGCCGUUUAUUUAAUACAAAUCCCCAGUCUAGAUUGGGAAAAGAAGGAUUUGACGACUGGAGGCACUUAUCAACGCGUCUCAAAAUUCACGAAACAUCCUCAGAUCAUCGACGUGCUGUGAACAAUUGGAUAGAAGCGUCAAUUAGAUUAAAGAACUUCAGUGGAAUAGACAAGCACUUGCAAAAGCAGAUUGAGAGUGAGAAAACACGAUGGGUUGCUAUCCUCGAACGAAUGAUGUCAAUAGUAUUUUUCUUAGCAAGCAAUAAUUUAUCGUUUAGAGGGAGUUCUGGAGCGGAAACUUUAUACACUCCUAAUAAUGGUAAUUUCCUGGGUUUAGUGCAGUUACUGGGAAAAUUUGAUAUUGUAAUGAUGGAGCACCUUCGUCGUGUUGUAAAUAAGGAGACUAAUNAAAAUAAUUCCUGA